UUUAGCUAACUUGAGCGCCAAAAACCCUUGCGUUGUUUUUUUCUUUCAUAGCUAAGCUGGGAUCGAAGAACAUCAUGAGCAACAGCUAGUUUCAUGUUGUGCUGUCUCAGCGAGUGGCACCGCGCGCCUCCGUUGUCUCAUCAAAAUGUCUCUUUUGCCUCGUCUCCGUGUUUUCGCCACCCCUUUACUUUCAUCUUCUCUCCUCUCCUCCUUCUCUCAGAAUGGAGGUAGACAAAUGAUGACAAGAAUUGGCAUCAAUACCUGCUCGCUUUCUUCCACAGCUGAAGCUUCAGAUUUAGAAUGUGAUGUGACUCGUGAUGAUGUCAAAGCAGAAGAGAGAGCCAAUGCACUUUGCAUGGCUGUAUCACAGCUUGCUAGUGAUUUUAGCAAGGAAUCAAUGUUGUCUCUGCAGAAAUUUUUUGGUGUACGCCGUGCUCAUGUGAUAUCUACAGGCUCCUUGAAGCUUGACCUAGCCCUGGGAAUAGGAGGAUUGCCAAAGGUAAAACAGGAUUUUUGCAGUUCCUCUUUAAAGUUUUGACAAUUGUU